GGCACAGACAUAUGACAAUUAAUACAAAAUAAUAUCAUUGCUUUGUCAUAAAUCUUUUUUGAGGCCAAAAUUCAACCCACGUGGCACUCUCAUACUCGUCAGCAUCAUGUUUUCCCUUAAGAAGAACAAGCAAUAGCUGUUCAUUUUGCAAAAAUCACAAACAAAAAUAACUCACUAACAAAGUUUAGCGAAUAAGCAUUAGGCUUUAGAAAGAAAAAAAAAAUCAAACAAAACAAGAAGAAAAGAAAAUGGGGAUGUUGAGAGAAGGUUCCAAUUGUUUCCCCGGCGUAUGGAUCGGGGGCGGGGCUGCCGGGAUGGCAAAGCCAUGCGGGUGUUGCCAUCUGGCCGCCGCGCUGGUCUUUUGUUGCACGGACAACACGUUCGUUUGCUUGGCCUGCGACACGCAUCAGCACGCCAGGCACGAGCGCGUUUGGGUGUGCGAGGUCUGCGAGCAGGCGGCAGCCAGCGUCACCUGCAGGGCCGACGCUGCCGCCCUCUGCGUCGCCUGCGACCGCGACAUCCACUCGGCCAACCCGCUCGCACAGCGCCACGAGCGGGUCCCCGUCGUCCCCUUCUACCACCCAAUCGAAUCCGUCGUCAAAUCCACCGCUGCCACCUUCCUCGUCGACCUAACCACGACCAGAGACAUAGCCCCAUGUCUAGGACAUCAUGAAGAGAGCUACAACAACAACACAAAACAAUGGAUUCCACCAAAUACAAUAACAACAUCAAAACUUCCAUUAGUUACAGAAAUGAAACCAUCAAUGGAUUUCAUUUUUUCAGAUUCAGAAAACAGCUUUCUUGAUUUUGAUUACUCUUCUGUUGUGUCUAUAGACACACAAUCACAAGUACCUCAUUACAAUCCAUCAAAUGAUAGUGUUGUACCAGUACAAACAACUACUACCACUACAACAACUAGUGCAAUCAAACCAUUGCCAUUUCAUCAUCAAGAAAAACAUUUUGAGAUUGAUUUCACUCAAUCUCAUAUCAAAUCUUACAACACCCCAUCAAUCAGUGUGUCAUCAUCAUCAUUAGAUGUUGGAAUAGUACCAGAUGGAAGUUCAAUUUCAGAAAUAUCAUAUCCAUAUAUGAAAAAUGUGACUAACAAUGUUGAUUUACCAAAUUUGCCGGGCGAAAAAUUACUCGGUUUAGACAGAGAAGCAAGAGUUUUACGAUAUAGAGAGAAGAAGAAAAAUCGAAAAUUCGAAAAGACUAUUCGAUACGCUUCUAGAAAAGCUUAUGCUGAAACAAGGCCAAGAAUUAAAGGUCGUUUCGCUAAGAGAAAUGACGGCGACGGCGCUCGAGGCAUUAACUGCGAUGACAUCGAUCAGAUAUUCUCCAACGGAGAUUUUAUCGGGCACGAUUCACGAUACGGCAUCGUUCCUUCGUUUUUAGUUAAUUAAGACGCGGAAGCUUUGAUGCACUGAAUCGUUCGGGGUUAAUUAAUUAAUUAAGAAAAGAAAAUAGUUUGUUUUUGUUUUUAGUAUAUAUAAGAUGUAAUUUCCAAAUUCCAAUUACCCUAAAUGUUUUAAUGGGCAUUUUGGUUUUUUUCAUGUACUCAUGGAAGGGUAUUUUAGUAACUAAUUAAGUUAAUAGUCAAAGCAUUAUUUUCUUUCUGUCUA